CGUUUCAUUUUGGCCGCUUCGCUCCUCCAACAGUCCUUCCGGUCUGGCCGCCAUCGUAGAACGCAGAUAUGGCUAUACGUUACCCUAUGGCUGUUGGCCUUAACAAAGGCCACCCAGUCACCAAAAAUGUGGCCGCUCCCAAACACAGCCGUCGGCGUGGGCGUCUGACCAAACACAGCAAGUUUGUCCGGGACAUGAUUCGUGAAGUCUGUGGUUUUGCUCCGUAUGAGAGGCGAGCCAUGGAGCUGCUGAAGGUGUCAAAGGACAAGAGAGCUCUCAAGUUUAUCAAGAAGAGGAUUGGCACUCACAUUCGCGCCAAGAGAAAGAGAGAGGAGCUGAGCAACGUGCUGGCUGCCAUGAGGAAAGCUGCCGCCAAGAAGGACUAAUCUGUCACUUAAUAAACGUUUGCUAAACUAAAAAA